AAUGCAGCAGGUGGGGGGAAGCAUCUCUCUGGUCACUGAAAUGUACCCCCCACCACCUGAAAUGAUUUGUUGUUCCAGAAAAUGACCUCAAAACCGGUUUCUGCAAAUGACUCAGUAUAAGGCACCUUCCUGUCUAGUUAACGCUCCUUUUCCAUCCCAGGCUCUGACCAGUUUUCUCCCUUCCUUCCAGCAGCUGAGAGUUGGGAGAGGAACAAUGAGGGGAAACCCAGCAGAGGAUUUAUGGGUGGUGCCAGAUGAAAUAAGAGGCACGUACUAAAAAGAACAGGCUAAAAACAGGAGCAAAACAGAAGAAGUGAAGUCCAAUAAAUAACGCAGAAACCAGUGGGAGUUGGAAGAGCAACAAUGAGGGGAAACCCAGCACAGGAACGAUAGGUCGUGCCAGAUGAAAAAAAAGGGAGCGUAGACUGAAAACUGGAGCCAAACGGAAGAAGAGAAGUCCAAAAAAAUAAUGCAGAAAGUAAGAGAAAGGAGCCUGCGCCCUCCGCAUAGCAGAAAGCUCCACUUCUGAACUAAGAUUUAACCGGAGUGCGAUAUGAAAGCAGGUGGGAGAUUAUAUGAAUGUUUAGACUGUGGGAACUCCUUCAGCAAGAGAGGACAUCUCAUUAUACACCACAGAACCCACACUGAGGAAAAACCACACAAAAGCUUGGAGUGUGGGAAGAACUUUAGCAUGAGUGGAGCUCUUAACAGUCAUCACAGAACCCACACUGGGGAGAAACCACACAAAUGCUUGGAGUGUGGAAAGAGCUUCAGCCAGAGAGGAACUCUUAUUAAGCACCACAAAACCCACACUGGGGAGAAACCACAUCAGUGCCUGGAGUGUGGAAAGAGCUUCAGCAUGAGUGGAGCGCUUACCAGACAUCACAGAACCCACACUGGGGAGAAACCACAUAAAUGCUUGGAGUGUGGAAAGAGCUUCAGCACGAGUGGAGCUCUUACUACACACCACAAAACCCACACUGGGGAGAAACCACAUAAAUGUUUGGAGUGUGGAAAGAGCUUCAGUACGAGUGGAGCUCUUAAUAUACACCACAGAAUCCACACUGGGGAGAAACCCCAUAAAUGCUUGGAGUGUGGAAAGAGCUUCAGCCGGAAAGGACAUCUUAUUACACACCACAUAACCCACACUGGGGAGAAACCACACAAAUGCUUGGAGUGUGGAAAGAGCUUCAGCCGGAAAGGAAAUCUUAUUACACACCACAAAACCCACACUGGGGAGAAACCACACAAAUGCUUGGAGUGUGGAAAGAGUUUCAACCGGAGAGGAACUCUUAUUAAACACCACAAAAUCCACACUGGGGAGAAACAACAUCAGUGCUUGGAGUGUGGAAAGAGCUUCAGUACGAGUGGAGCUCUUAAUAUACACCACAGAAUCCACACUGGGGAGAAACCACACAAAUGCUUCGAGUGUGGAAAGAGCUGCAGCACGAGUGGAAAUCUUAACAGACAUCAUAGAAUCCACACUGGAGAGAAACCACACAAAUGCUUUGACUGCGGAAAGAGCUUCAGUACGAGAGGAAGUCUCAUUAGACACCACAGAACCCACACUGGGGAGAAACCACAUAAAUGCUUGGAGUGUGGGAAAAGCUUCUGCACAAGUGGAGAGCUUAGUAACCAUCGUAGAAUCCACACUGGGGAGAAACCACACAAAUGCUUGGAGUGUGGGAAGACUUUUUGCCACAGAGAAACUCUUAUUACACACCACAAAACCCACACUGGAGAGAAACCACAUAAAUGCUUUGACUGCGGAAAGAGUUUCAGCACGAGUGGAUAUCUUAUUAAACAUCAUAGAACCCACACUGGGGGAAAACCACACAAAUGCUUGGAGUGUGGAAGGAGCUUCAGCCAGAGAGGAACUCUUAUUAGACACCAUAGUACCCACACAGGGGAAAAACCACACAAAUGCUUUGAGUGUGGAAAGAGUUUCUGCCAGCGAGGACAUCUUAUUAGACACCAUAAAACCCACACUUGAGAGAAACCACAUAAAUGCUUUGACUGUGGAAAGAGCUUCAGCAUGAGCGGAGAUCUUAAUAAAUAUCAUAGAAUCCACACUGGGGAGAGACCACACAAAUGCUUGGCGUGUGGAAAGACGUUCAGCCAGAGAGAAAAUCUUAUUAUACACCACAAAACCCACACUGGAGAGAAACCAUAUAAAUGCUUGGUGUGUGUAAAGACUUUCGGUACGAGUGGAGCCCUUACUACACACCACAAAACCCACACUCUGGAGAAACCAUAUCAGUGCUUGCAGUGUGGAAAGAGCUUCAGCAUGAGCGGAGAUCUUAAUAAACAUCAUAGAAUCCACACUAGAGAGAAACCACACAAAUUUUUGUUGUGUGGAAAGAGCUUCAGCCAGAAAACAGAUCUUAUUACACACCACAAAACUCACACUGGGUAGAAACCACACAAAUGCUUGAAGUGUGAGAAGAGCUUCCGCACGAGUGGAGUUCUUAAUAUACAUCAUAGAAUCCACAUUGGGGAGAAACCACACAAAUGCUUGGAGUGUGGGAAGCGUUUCCUCCAGAGAGGAAAUCUUAUUACACACCAUAAAUCCAACACUGGGGAGAAACCUCACAUAUACUGAGAUUAUGGAAAGAGCUUCAGUAGAAGUGCACAAAUUACUGGACACCUAGCCCACACUGGGAAGGAACCACACUAAUAUUUGGAGUGUGGAAGGAGCUUCACUAUACACAGCAGAACCCACACUGGAAGAAGCAGGAAGGCUCACCUCACUGCACAUGCAUAAAUUCAAACAGUGUUGGAAUCAUACAAAUGAUACUGCAGCCAAGCCUUCAAAUCUCCCUCAUUUUGCGAAAGAUAAACCCUUGUGAGAUAUCUGCUUCUUCUCUGUUUUGCUUCCCUCUGGGAAAUUCAUAAUUCUGUGUCUCUGUUUUGAAUAAAUGUGCUUAAUUCCUUCAAAUUGUUCAAUGAAUAUUAGUUUUUCUCAGAGUUUGUGUGUGUGUCUGUGUGAAAGAGAUCCCCCCCCCCUUGCAACACACAGACACACACAGAAACAAAUACCCCAUCUUCUCUGUGUGAGAGAGAGGUUUUUAGAGUUUAAAAAAAACCAUAUUCAGGUGCCACGUGUAAGCCAAAAUUAGAAUAUUAGAAUAAACUGGUAUAAACCCCUCCCCCACCCCAAUAGCAGACUUUCUUGUGCGGACAUGAGUCACUACAAAAAUUAUUAAAAGCUGUAAAAAUAAUGGGCGAAGGAUGCUCUAAGAAUUGAUCUGUUUCUGUUUUUGUUUGUUCCUGCCUUUGUGUUUAUGAUGUGCUUGUUUUUGAAGAUAAACUGCUUAUUGCUUUAAUCUGUGAUCUGUAUGUGUGUCUGUAUUUGCCUUAUACUAUUGCCUUAUCUUAUGCUUUUGACUUAAACGAUUAAAACAUUUAGAUACUGCUUUGUUUAGCAACCAAGUUUUCAAAAUGGCUCACAUAGCAAAAUACAUGAGAAAAUGGCUCUCUACUCCCAUGUUUCUCCUUAUAAUAUUCACUAACUAAUAUUUUGCUUUAUGCUUGCAAUCAUAUUUUUAAUAUUAUUAAUAAUAUAUUGCUUUAUGCUUGUA